CAAGCGUACGACAGAAUCAGUUGCGUAGAUAAAAACAUCUACAGCUUUAACACCGAAAACGUUAGUGAUUCCAAUACCAGGAGCUUGUCAUUCAUUCGCUGAAGCCAAAGUUCAUGUACUAUCGCCUCGAAUUGGACAUACCUAGUCUAGUCGAGGCGGAUGAACGUGUUAACAUGUUGUGCAUUGCUUCGCCCUUGCACCUAAGCUCCGCUCUGGCCUUGCGUCAUUGUUUUGAAUGGAGCUCCCGUUCUGCCUUCCGUUACUUUGUAUCAGGAGGGAAACUGACACACGGAGGAGAGCGUAAACCCGCGGAGGCGUGUGCGCACUCAGCCAAUGGAAGCGCAUGUCUGCCGCGAAACCGCACAUGUUCGUAGCCAGAAUUCCGCCGGUAGAGACACAGGCUCGUGGACGACAGUACGGAAUGGAGCCUUUCUUCGUUUGCGUCCGGAGUUAGACUACAUACUGCAUGCCAUUGCAGGACGAAUGACAUCUCAUUGAAUCGCCGAUGUUUUGUACAAGUCUGAAGUCUGGUAUUCGACGCAGUUUAUAUUACCAGCCUACACUUUUCACUGGUAAACUCAUGUAAUGUCCUUUGCGGUCCGAAACGAAUUUGCCGUUCCGUGUUUUCUUGUAAUCUCGCGAGUUUAAGGGGACGGCUAGGAAAACAAACAGGUCGAAAGAAAAAAGAUCGGUUGCCGGUCGGACGAAGGGGUUAUCGAGCAAAGAACUGCUAGCUUAUGUAUCCGAAUUUUGCAUAGCAUUUUGCAUUAAUUAAAAAGCCCCUUUACAUUAUAGGCGCCUUAUUGUAGCUCGGAUCAAAUGGCGAAACGAAUGCCGCUAAAAAUGUUGUCGUCCUGUGUUCGUUUUGCAUUUGAAGAGCGCGCAUUCAUUCAGCUGCGGUUUUGCCAUCUUAAUUUCGACACUUCCCCGUAUUAAAACAACGUGUGUACUCAUCAACACGUUUAAAAUUUGUGAUUUAGGACAUCAUAAUCUAGCUAUGCAUACCAGGCGCCUCGUAAAACGCUCUAUAAUCGGAAGCCGAGUCUACGCGCCGGGUCCAACGGGGGACGCGGCGCCGCUCACCGGAGUGGUGCAGGCUGUCAAACAAGACAACAGAGACGCUUCAGCCGGACAUCGGUGCAAUGUUUAUACCGUGCUCAUGCAAGACGGAAGCCUGAAAGAGUAUUCCGAAGAAGAAAUUGCCAUUGGAUCUGCUCAGAUGGCCGCAAAGGGACCGCUGAAGUCGAGCUUGAAGAAUUCCUGUAACGGCAGCCAGCGGGAUGGGCCAGCAGUGUGCCCAAGUGUGCAGAGGAGCGAGAGCACCCCGCUUGGACGCGAGGGCCCUGAAGAACCCAGGCGGCUGGGCCGGGCACCCGAGCAGGACAAGGACCACACCCGUUCUGUCUCUUUGCUGGAGCAGAAGCGCAAGGUGGUCUCCUCCAGCAUCGAUGUGCCCCAUGCCAGGAAAUCAGAGGAGGAGGUGGACAUGGACAAAGUGACUGCUGCCAUGGUGUUGACCAGCCUGUCCACUAGCCCCCUGGUGCGGAGUCCCCCAGUAAAAAUGGGUGAGGGUCUAAAUGGCUCCUGGAAGGAUGGAGGCUUUAUGCCAUCCAGCUACAGCAGCAGCGGCUACUGGAGCUGGAGUGCUCCGAGCGACCACUCCAACCCCUCCACACCCUCGCCGCCGCUGUCAGCUGACAGCUUCAAGCCCUUCCGUGCAGGCAGUCUCAGUGGGCCACCUGACGACGCGCUGGACGAGCAGGAUGCAGGGAGCCUGCUGUUUGACGAGCCCAUUCCCCGCAAGCGCAAGAACUCCAUGAAGGUGAUGUUCAAGUGUCUGUGGAAGAACUGCGGCAAGGUCCUGAGCACAGCGGCAGGCAUCCAAAGGCACAUUCGCACUGUCCAUCUUGGCCGCAACUGCGACUCUGAGUGCAGUGAUGGCGAGGAGGAUUUUUACUACACCGAGAUCAAGCUCAACACUGAUUCGGUGGCAGACGGCCUGAGCAGCCUGUCCCCUGUGUCUCCGUCUGUGCUGUCUCCACCGCCCUCUUUUGAGCAUAGGAAGCCCGACACUUCCGGCAGCACAGCCGGGUCCAGGAACGAGAGCAGCAGCUCCACUCCACUGAGCCGCUCCGCCCCCAGCACGCUGUACCUGGUGCAUGCAGACCACGCCUACCAGGCCACAGCCCCUGUCAACAUCCCCUGCACUAGCACUGCUUGCUCCACCCCCUCCACCCACACCGCUGGCUUCACCCCCUCCACCAGCUGCAGCAUCUCCUGGCAGUCCCCACCCGUCACCUUCACUGGCACACCUGCCUCUCCCACUCAUGGCCGGACACAGGGCUUCAGUGAACAGCGCUCUCAGACCAUCACUGUGCUCUCGUCUCCCCCACGAGCUGCAGGCUCACUCAGCAGGAAGUCCCGGGGCGAGGGUAAGAAAUGCCGUAAGGUGUACGGGAUGGAAAACAGAGACAUGUGGUGCACUGCUUGCCGCUGGAAGAAAGCCUGCCAGAGGUUUGUGGACUAAGCCGGGUCUGGCUGCCACGGAAGUGGGGGUGGGGCUUCUCUUGCAUGCAUAGCUUCACUCAAACCCUUGUAACUCUGUUUCUGCCCCGCCUCCUACACCGUGUUCCCUCACUUCCUGGCCUGGAACCAGGACCUGUGUUCUUCUUCAAACAUUCCCUCCCUAUCCAGUGCUUCUGCCCCUCCCACCAAAAUGGAGAGAGAAGCGAGCAGCUCUGCAAAAAAAAAAACAAAAUCAAAAAACAAACGAAAAAAAAACCUGAGAAAACGUCAUGUGAUCUCUUUGUCUUUUUUCUUUUUGUUUUUGAAGCUCUGGCUAUAAAACAUUCUUGUGAGUUGCAGAGGAACCAGUGGUGGGACCAAUCACUGCCGAAUUUAUUUCUGAAAGAAAAGACUUUCUUUGAGAGUGUUAAAAGAUGAAGUUGGGGUGGAGGGGUGUGUGGGGUUCUUGUUUUCCCUGAACACUUUUCCACGCCUACAUUUCAGCAAAACUCAUGGUUUGCCAGUCAGACUCCACUAGAGUCCCUGUUCUUCUUUGGGGACUUUUGAGGGUAUGGUGGGGUAGGGGAGAUGGGAGAGAGAGCUCCCUCUAGUGGAAAAGGAUCGAUGCAAAAAAACAAAACAAAACAAUACAAAAAAAAAUGCAAAGUGGAUAUGACACUUUCAGCUUCUCUCUUUCUUCCAUAUCAUCACAAGCAAUUAGACCCAUGAGGGAAAGAUCAUUUUCUAUCUCAGUAUUAUAUUUAUAAUUUCUUUCAGGGAUGCAAUCAGUGAAAGCAAAACCAGCAGCUACAUUUAACAACAGUGAAGGUAAUGGUUUUUGUGUCACAGGAGUGUCUACCUGCAACCAAAAAGGAUUGUUUUUAGUAUUUUUUGUUUGUUUGAUGUGCCAUUUUUCUUUUUUGCUUUUUGUUUCUGUACUUGGUUAUAUAUGAUAAAGUGCAAAGUCUGAUACGCUGAUUACACCCCAGCACAGCAGCCUGGUGUCGCCACCCACAGACAUUCAACCACCUGGCCUGAGCGCGUGGUUUUGCAUGUGCUGGGGGCUUUGAGAGGUGGCCCCCGUGCCUCUCUGGGUCGAAGAGCUCCCCCUCCUCUCACCCUUAACCUGACCUCACAAUUUAAACAGGAAGUAAUAAAAGUUGCAGCACUUGCCACGUCUGCCCCAGGCCAGCCCCUCCCCUGCCUCUACCCCUGCCAGCGUGUGAGCUCCAAGCGUGAUGCUGGAAGCAAAGUUUUCUUAUUCACCUGUGAUUGAGGAGCAUUGUGUUACUGCACCGCUUGCUGCACUCGCGACAGGAGGAGAGGGCCUUGUUCACAGAGGGCCUUCCUACACAGUACUCCGGACGAUGGGGACUGCACAAAAAAAACAGCUUAGGGCAGUCCUGUGGCUGCACUUCCUCCUGGGGCCCAUGGCCUUGGUGAUGCCAGCACCGAAGUCUCUCCUCAAGUUUUAUGCAAGAAGAAAAUGGCUGCUUAGCAGGCAGUUGUAAGUCCUCUGGCGCUGUUUUUGCUACAAUGCAGUAUCGCGUGAAACCAUCCAAAACACACUGCAGUCGCACCAGCUUGGAAUCUCACUUCAUAUGUACACACACACACACACACACACACACACACACACACACACACACAUUCACACACACAGAUACACAGACACUACAGCUUUGUCCCUCAGCCCUUCAUCCAUAUCACUUCUCCUUUAGCCCUGAAAUGGUUCUUUAUCCCUCUCAGGAUGUUUACGUAUGUCGUCCUAAUCUAAGCUAAAUGUCUUUCCUCGGAAGUAGCAGAGACAGGUUAUUGCACCAAGUGAACAAAAAAGGCGUGUGUUUCUUUGUUAAAGAUAAUUUUGAAUGAAAAUUUGUUUCUCAAAAAUCAUUAUGCAUUCAUUUUAAAUGAUGUUACAGAGUACAUAAUACUUUAAGAUAAAAGAAAACUGCCAUUAUAUGUGAAUUUCUUUGUUGCUUUAAGAAAGUAUAUAUACCUAUAUAUAAAUAUAAAGUGCAGAAUUCAUGUUUAUAUGUUAUCUCUAAAUGAUAAGUCAUACUUUGCCUGUUUUUGCAUCUUGCUUUCAUAAAUUUCUCCUUUUUUCUGUUUACAUUUUUUCCCCAUUCUUCUGACUGAAUUCCAGAAUUGUAAUCCUAGUCCUCCUUGCCUUCUUGUUGGGCAAGUUCUGAACAUAUAGUGCAAACAGAGCUAUAUUAAAGUCAAACCCACGAGAGCUAUUCAAGGGCUCUAUCACUGUGGCAUCAGUGGCAUCAGAACUCUUCAGAAUUAGCCUUAGAACUUAACCUUGCUGCAGUGUUUAUGGUCUUAUAUUCUUCUGAUAUAUACAGUAUGAUUAGCUUUGAGAAGUUUUGACAGAGGUCAGUGUGUGGAGAAUGCCAUAGAAGCUGGUGCUUGCUACCUAACGCUACCCCUUACUGGUCCCCUGGUGCUACCAUAGACCAAAGGGGCUGACGCCCCUCACAGGUGUUAAUGUACGGGGCAAGCAGGCAUGCUCUAUUGUUUACACGGAAAAAAACUUUAAACCAUCUCAACUAUUUAUGAAAUUUCACUGAAAUCACGAGGUUAAGCUUGGGUGCUCUCUCACAUUAGUUGGGAUACAUUAUUGCUAUGAAUACCAACCUAGAGAUAAUGGCACCUACCGUGGAUUAGCUGUUGGGUGAUUCUGUCACUAAAAAUUGCAAUAUAAAUACUGAUUUUCUCAUGAUAUGUCACAUAGCCCUAUCUGUCAUCAUGGUGUUUAUAUAUGUUUUGACUGCCAUUUCAUUAGCUGGCCACCAGUUGUCAGUCAUUGCUAGUUCCUUUCUUUCAGUAGAGGUGUUCCUAUGUGCAACAGCCUCUGUUACUCUGAAGUACAUGAAAAUAAACAUGAUUAACGUCCAUCUUAAGUAAAGUUUUCAAGCAACAACACGGUUUCUUUCCAUAUUUGCAUUCUUCCUAUUUCUCACCCUGUCUGUACUCUACCAUUGUAACAAAUAUCCUGACUAUGACAGGUUGUGGUAUAUAUCAUGUAACUACAGUAGAUAUUCCUAUAUAGCUACAUAUUAAACAGCCAUUUUUAAUACUAGUGUGGUCCACUAAAACAGCAGCUUUGGUCCAUGUCACAUGUGCAGUAUGAAGCAGAAAUUGCCAAAUGCGAUAAAAGCUUUUAGUCUCACUUAUCUCAAGCCUUCCAAAUCACUUCUUCUGUUACUCUGUGUAAAAAAAUUUUUUUUUUUAAAAAAUACAGCGUAAUAUCCAAGGUUUAACAAAUCAUACUAAUCUCCUAUUCAAAAUAUGACUGUUUAUUCAAUGUAUAAGUGACUUCUACAUGUAUGUGACUAUGAGCUCUCUAUAUAUAAUUAUCAUUUUGCCAUUGUGGAUUUUUACCCGACUCAAAUGUAACCUGAUCUAAAGCCAAACCUUUGCAUGCAUUUUCCACUGCUAUCACCGUAUGAUUUGUGCAGUUGUUCAGGUUUCAUGUGCAUGGCCUUGUUUGAGUUAGCCUGAUGCAGGCAUUGCAACCAGAGGACAGUAGUUACUCUGGCUGCCUCUACACCCCUGGCAGGAUGGAGCCCUUUGGCUUCACAGCUCUUUCCUUACAUAACUGUGUGUGUUUGUGUUUGUGUGAGAGUGCACAUCAACCUUAGCAAACUACAAACAUGAGAUGAGGCCAUAGAAAGUGUUAAAGAAAAUGAGUGUGAGUGUGUGUGUGUGCGUGCGUGUGUCCUUGAGCAUACAAAAAAGGUGUGCAUGUGUGACAAAUGUGAAAGGCAAAGCCUUGAGAGUACUUUUCUGUUCAAAACGAGCUGCACCGUCCCAGUUUACCACCAGAAUAAACUUCUCAGUGUUGUAGAGGGCUUCAAAUCGCAGCUGUCAUGGUAGUGCCUUUAAAAAGGCUGAAUAUGACUUGUGAUGGGGUUCUGCAAUGCAUUCAACCAACGUAUUGGCCUCCAUGUCCCAAAUGAACAUGACUAAGUCUUGAUGUGGCUGCCUGUUUUUGCUCAGCGAGGGGAUCAGAGGAUCUCACUGGGGUGUGUGUGUGGCUGAGGGCUGCACCGCUGUCCGCUGUCAGGAAUGUGGUAUUUGGGGACACACUGGAGCCUAAUUGUGCCUUGGUAAGGAUUGACGUGUGUGUGGACAUGCACAGAAAGCAAAGGAAUGUAUACAAGUGUCGGCUUGUCUGAGUUCUUCAUUUUGUACUAAUUAAACUGGGUGGAUGUAGGAGCCCAUUUUCUCUUUUCUUUAGUUUUUUAGUGAAAACAUUUUCACAAUUGUAAUGCUAAGGGGUGUCUUUUCCCCACUUGUGCUUUGUAAUCACGUUUCAACUGCAGUACUGUAGUUCUUUGUUGUGUUUAUCUGGAUUCCAAAACAUAGAUAUGUUUAAAUCGGCAUUUUGAUCUAUGCUGAGUUGGUUUAUGAUGUCUAUGUUUUGGGAACGCAGAAGACUUUUUUCCUACAAGAUGUUAAAUCAGUGAGAUCAUUCAUUGUAGUCAGAAACACGCCUUACAGAAGCAAUGCAGCCAUGCAGUAGUGAGGUAAGCACAGUGACAGGCCCUCUCAAACCCAAAGACUUACUUGUGUCUCUCAGUACACUCAUUGGACUUCAUAGGCAAGUUGGUACAUAUUUGAAAAUUAAAUAUAUCUUUGGGCUAUAGUGUCUCUUUUAUCUGCCUGUUGAAGUGACAGGAAUUUAAUAAAACUUGCCUAUAUUGUCACAAUUAUACUGCAUUGCAAUUUAUAUCAAAUACUUGAUAUCUAAAAAAAUAAGAUUCCCACAACCAAUGAAGCAUGGGAACUGUAGGCAUGGUAAUCUGUAAUGAAUUAUGUCGCUGCUCUUGUCAAUGACCAUGUUAACCUCAAGAACUCAAAGACUGUCGCACUGGAUUUUUACACUUUUUAACAUACUUGGACUGUAUUUUUAAUACUGCAUGUGCAUGCUGAAGAAAAUAGAAAUAUGAACUGAAUUUAUAAAUGUGUAUACUGUGUUUUGUCUACAAAACGGGCAAAGAGCAGGCAGGAUGCAGUACAUAAUUGUACAGGAACUGUAGGUCCUCUAUGCCAGUAGUUGCCAUUGUCUAAGGUUUGGGCAAAAGGCCAGAGCUCACUGGCUCCAUUUUUAAGCCCACUCUAUAUCUAACAGCAUGGGCAUGAAUUGAGUGAUUUCAUGACAUGUGGUGAUGGUGUGGGUGGGGGUGUGGUGGAGCAAUAAACAAAUAAGAUGUAGCUGCCAUAAAAGCCUGCCGAUGAUAAAAGAUAUGACAUAUAUCCUUACUGGGUGAAGUGAUUACAGUGGACUCAGAAAGGGAACCCAUAAGUACUGCUCACUAGGGCUGAUAAAACAGAGGACCACGACAUAUGUAUGACUACAUAAUGGCAACUGCCUGCUCCUGCUCCUUCUCUGUGGCGAGUCCAAACUAGGCUUUAAGAAACAUUUUUAUUUUAUCUUUGUUCUACUGUUACUCCUUUGGAAGUACAUUUGAAGCACUACAAAUGGAAUAGAGUAGAGGGAGCAUAUGAUGCUCUGUGCACAUGUGGGUAUACUGUGUUUACAGCAAACUGGGACAAAAAGAGAGCUUUUCAUCAUUACAUGCCAUAUAUAGUUGCUGCAAUAGAACCCUAAAGCCAUAGAAGCCAACUCUUUAGAGUGGCCCUUGGUGUUUACCAAGUUUAUUACACCCCAGCACCUCAAACAUCCCUCAAACACAAUGCUGAGUUGAACCAAGAAAGCAAUUAGUUCAUCACAUAUUCAUAUAUCAUUCACAUUUAACAGCUGUUAAAUGCUUUCACAUGGACAAGCUGUUUUCUCUACAUAUUUUACAGUAAUGGAAACUUUCAAUUUUCAGAACAGCAUAUUUAUGGGCCACUUCCUCAGAAACCUUGGAGAAAAAGCAAAGAUUAUGGACCCCAAAACCCUUGUGAACUGGCUUCUCAAACACUGUCAACUCAAUGCAAUGUUUGUUUUAAAAUUCAGUUUUAUUUAAGUAGAAUAUUUUCAAUAUUUUUCACAAUGUUAAAAUAUUACAGGUAUUUGUUUGAAUCCAUUAUGAAAGCCACAAAUGGACAGUAAUUUCUGUUUACACCGUGGGUAUUCACCCACAACUGUAGAAAUAUAAAGUUCACGCAGGUUACAAGAACACAAACCAUUGACUGCAUCUAGCUAAGGCUCUUUUGCAUGCACAGUUGUGUUCUUCAUCUCUUUGUUUUUGUUUUUUUGUUUCUGAUAUUUUAUUAGUGACCUAUUAUACUCCACAACACCAGAUGGCAACUCCAAAUAUUAUUCAGAUGUUAUACUCUGUUUUGUCCUGGUGUUGUUGCUGGUAAAGUAGACGGCCACAGAAGAAACAGAUCAAUUUAACUCGGCUGAGAGGCAUUUUAGGUGUAGAUUCAUGUCUACAUGGAGCAGAAAUGUUGUGCAAGCUGUGGCAGUAACUAAACAUUUCAGCUAAACUUAGAGCACAUUAUACUGUUUGCUGUGAGCAUUGUUAUAUGUCACACAGCCAAACAAAAUCAACUCCUGGCAUGCUUCCACAUACAGAAAUGGGGCUUCUGUGUCUGCCUUUUAAAGCAGUGGCUCAAGUUUGGGGUUGCAGAUGCAUUAGAUAUGUGGCUUAUACUGGCCAUUUAGAAUGCCUGGGCAUGGUGAGACUUGUGGCGUCUGCUCUGCAGGGACCUCUGCUCACCCCAGCUACUCAUUAACAGUGCCCUCACCUGGCUCUCCCCAAGGAACCUGUGUUUAGGUUUUCUGACUCUCUGACUCACUCCCUGAAGCAGUAAGUGCUCUAGAACAAUGGGUCGCUUCCUCAGCCUGUUAAAUACUAGGGUGUGUGCAGCUGUCAUUGAGGGAACAGCACCACCACUUGAGUGGAUCUCCUUGCACUAAGGUUACCUUAUCCUGGGCUUCACACAGUGAGCACAAGGAUGUGUCUGCUGCACCUCUGCAUUGAAUGACAUGCCUAUGUGCUCCCAGGGGCCCUGUGCUAAGAGAGCGCUUGUCUUGGGGCCACGUGAACCAUCAUGGAAUGCACUCUCAUUUCUGCUCUCUCUUCAUUCUCAGUAUCAGCAGAAGACAUAACAGAAGACAUGGGUUACUGUGGGUUAGAGUUCCACAGACAUUUCUUCGAAAGAUGAUGAAUGCUAAUGAAUACAGUUCAGAAGUUUCAGUAACAAUUCAGUGAAAUCAAAAUUGUAGUCCUGUAAUCAAAAGUGGUGUUAAACAUUUGUGUUAAACAUUUGCACAGCAUAGUAGAGCAAUAUUUUAAUAGACUUAAUCACACAGCAUUACUGUUCCACUUAUAAAAUUUGCAAUUCAUUGCUUUUAGUGCAGGUACACCUGGACCAACCUAGACAAAUUUUCAAUUCAAUUUCCUUAAAUUCAAAUUAAUACGCACUUCAUACAUUCACAGGCCAAUCUAGAAGAAAAGGUUGGACAGUCAUGACCGAGAGUUGACAGUGUAAGAGAUGCUUUUUCCCCCUCUUAUCUAGGAUUGUUAAGGUAAAUGCAAUACCAACUACAAACAGAAGCACUUGUGUACAAUAUCUCUUGUUAAUUGUGUUGCAGUGGUUCCCAAACUGAACUGGGGACUCCAGGCUCUCAGCAGGCAGAGGCAAGGUUCUCCAGCAAAACAGGAGAGAAAAAUAUAUGACACUUCUUAAAACGUUUUUGAACUUUUUAGCUAAAAUAUUGUUAGUGGAUAUUUCUAUCUGUCAGUGCAAUUUAGAGCUCACAACUGAAUUGUAAAAAUUAAUCCCACAAACAGACCUCCAUCCUGAAAGCAUUUUGGCAUGAACUGGGAUAUAAAGAUUUGUCUGAAUAAAAUGUUUGGGAACCCCUGCUUUAUUCCUUCUUUUUUGGUUACUUUUUUAAUUCUUGUUCUCUUGGAAGAGAACGCACUUAGUGACUGUUAUCGCCUCACUCACAGGCUGUGCUAGUUUUUACUCAAAGCUGUGUGUACAUAGAGACUGCCGUUGUAUUCGUGCUACGGUGACAGUGUCCUGGUGCUUGUCAGUGCCGCUGUUGAUGUUUCUUUUGGUGUAAAUAUGACCUUUCAGAGAUGCUCUUGUUACUAGGAGCUCAGACGUACUGGUCACAGAACAAUAAAAGCUUUUGGCAGCUGUUUAGUACA